UAUGAUGGUUUGAUAAAUCGAAAGAAGACAAAGUACUUUCACUUUCUCCAAAUCAUCGGAUUCUUCCUGAAACAUCUUGACGGGAGCUUCAUUAUGGUGAACUGCUGUGGUCUCGUGUCUGAGAAAAAUGUGCCAGUUCCUCUGAAGAGCAUCUCGGUGCAGCUGCAGGUUCGGGAUCACGUGGCCUCAGUCAGCUCCAGUCUGCAGUAUGCCAAUGAGGAGGAUCGUCCGCUGGAGGCCGUGUUCAUCUUCCCGCUGCCUGGCGAUGCCGCCGUCUCUCACUUCAGCGCCAGGAUCGGAGAGCAGGAGAUUGUUGCAGAGGUGCAGGACAAACAAAGCGCGCGGGAUCAGUAUCAUGAUGCUGUGAGUUCGGGUCAGCAGGCAUUUCUGCUGGAAGAGAGCGAUCAGAGUUCGGAUGUGUUCAGACUGAAUGUCGGCUGUUUGUCUCCGGGUCAGACUGCCAUCGUCACCAUCAUCUACAUCAUUGAGCUCAGCGUUCAGGCCGACAACGCCCUGCGCUUCUGUCUGCCAGCUGUACUCAACCCCAGAUACACACCAGCAGCUUCAGCGGAACCUCCAGUUCCAGGAGUUUCCUCAGCAUCAGUUAUUCCUUACAUUCUGUCUCUGAGUGUUGACGUGAGAUCUUCAGACCGCAUCUCCAGACUGGAGUCCAGCUGCCCUCUGGAUCCUCUGCAGUUCCUCAACGCACAGCACACUCACGCCACGGUGAAUCUGAGCACUGGUCACCGGUUCGAUAAGGAUGUGGAGCUGCUUCUGUACUAUGAGAACACCCAUCAGCCCACUGCUGUGGUGGAGGCUGGAGCGGCUGCAGCUCAGACAGGGUCUCUGAUGGGUGACCCGGCGCUCAUGAUCAGUUUGUACCCAGAGUUCCCUGCAGACGUGAUGUCAUCACUGGCGUCUCAGAGCGAGUUCAUUUUUGUGGUCGACAGAUCCGAAAGUAUGAGCUACAAGAUGCAUCAUGGGAAAGACGCACAGAAGCGCAUCGAAAGCGCAAAAGACACGCUGCUGCUGCUGCUGAAGAGUUUGCCCAUGGGAUGCUACUUCAACAUCUACGGAUUCGGCUCUCGCUUUGAGUGCUUCUUCCCUCAGAGUGUCGUGUACAGCGAGGUCACGAUGGAAGCGGCUCUAAGGAGAGUAAAGUGCAUGAACGCAGAUAUGGGCGGCACAGAGAUCCUAUGGCCUCUGAAACACAUCUACAGUCAGCCCUGUUACCCAGAUCACCCCCGACAGCUGUUCGUCUUCACUGAUGGAGAGGUGUGGAACACUAAGAAGGUGCUGGAUCUGGUGAAGAGUCACGUUGACUCUCACAGGUGUUUCUCCUUCGGGAUCGGUGAAGGUGCGAGUACGGCUCUCGUCACUGGAAUGGCCAGAGAAGGUUCUGGUCACGCUCAGUUCAUCACAGGCACUGACCGCAUGCAGCCCAAAGUGAUGCAGUCUCUCAGGUUUGCUCUCCAGCCGGCCGUGGAUAAUAUCUCUGUGGACUGGACCGUUCCUGAGGGUGUGACGGUGGACAUGCUGUCCCCACCCAUCAAUGCUCUGUUCCAGGGUCAGAGGGCGCUCAUCUACGCUCAGAUUAAAGGACAGAGUUCAGGAGAGACAGAAGGAGCAGUAACUGUGAAAUACAAACUGAAAGAUCAACCAGUGACUAACCAGCUCCAGUUUACUCUUAAACCAGUGGAAGACACAGGACUGACGAUCCACCGGCUGGCGGCCCGGUCUGUGAUCCGCUCUCUGGAGCUGCAGGAGCGAGCCGGAGGAGCAGACAUGGAGAACAUCAGGAGCAGGAUUGUGGAGCUCAGCGUUCAGGCCGGAGUGAGCAGCGUUCAUACGGCCUUCAUCGGCGUCAAUAAAGACAGCAGACAGACGGUGAAAGGGCCGCUGCUGCAGAGGAGAGUGCCAACACGGAGUAUGAUGAUUGGUGGGCCUAUGCCAAGAUGGGGUACAGCCCCUCUGAUAACAUUGGGUGCAGCAGGUUGUUUCACCAUGCCAGUGCAGCAACAGUCUGCAGUGUGUGCUCCCUCUGCGAAAAGGCGCAUGGUCUUCCAAUCUACAGACAGCAGCGUGAUGGAUGCAUUUGCUUCUGCGUCACAUCAGGCCGAACCCGAGCUCCAGAAGGACCCUGUGCUCCAGCUGGUCUCUCUUCAGAAGGCAGUGGGAUGCUGGGAGCUGAACGCUGCGCUGGCUGAUGUGUUUGGGAAGACGGAGGAUGAGGUGACCAAUCAGAAACCAGCACAGGUGGAUGGGUCAGUGUGGGCCACUGUCCUCGCUCUCAUCUGGUUAUAUGUGUAUAAACUGGAUCAGCAGGUGGAGUGGCAGUUUGUGGCCGUGAAGGCGGCGUCAUGGAUCCGCUCUCAGAAACCGGACGGUCUGUCUCAGUGUGUGUGUGAAGGGAACCUCCUGCUGGGAUCUCAGGUGACUGAAGACACGCUGGGAAUCUGAAGACUGAAGAGUCUUGUGCGGUCAGAAGAACACAGAUCUCACUCUUUAUCAUGAACAUCUGUGUGUUUGUUUUCUAGAGUAAAAUAUAAACAUUUUUAACAGAAUAAAACUGACAGAUUUCUUUGUGUAUCAGUAUUUUUAGUAUGUGUAAGCUUUAGGGCUUGUCCUAAAUUCAUGUUAUUGCUCUAAAUAUAAUUAUAUAAUCUUAUGGUACUUUGUGUCUUGAACUCACUGAAUCACGCAUUAUUUCUCGGUGUGUGUUGAAGUGAGCAGAUUGUGUCAGUGUGUCUUUACCAAACUGUGUUAUUAAAGGUGCAGUAAUCAAA